AGAAGUGAGGGCUAGAGCAGAGCCGAACGCAGAGGAAUCGGCUAUCUGGAGCGGACUCCGGCCGGUGGACCCUGCAGUCUUCGCCUAGGACAGUAGUGCGCUGGGCGGGCGCCCAAGGGAGCAGGGCACAGCGCAAUCAGCAGAGCCAGCCCGGAUCUCCGCUCAGUCCCAGCCCGGACCCGCGCAGCCCGCCGAGCUCCCGCCGCCGGUCUGGACAGCAUGAGGCGCGCGGCGCUCUGGCUCUGGCUCUGGCUCUGCGCGCUGGCGCUGCGCAUGCAGCCGGCGCUGCCGCAAAUUGUGGCCACAAAUGUGCCUCCUGAAGAUCAAGACAGCUCUGGGGAUGACUCCGACAACUUCUCUGGCUCAGGUGCAGGUGCUUUGCCGGAUAUCACCUUGCCCCGGCAGAGCCCGUCCACCUGGAAGGACAUGUGGCUCCUGACCACCACGCCCAGGGCUCCAGAGCCCACUGCCAGCGACGCCACGGCUGCCUCCACCUCCGUCCUGCCGGUUGGAGAGAGGCCCAGAGAGGGAGAGGCCGUGAUCCUCGCCGAAGCCCAGCCUGACCUCACUGCCCACGAGGAGGAGACCGCCCCAGAACCCAGGGAGACCACACAGCUCCCGACCACUCAGCGGGCCUCAACAGCCAGAGCCAGCACUGUCCAGGCACCUGCCACCUCUCAUCCCCACAGGGACAUGCAGCCUGGCCACCAUGAAACUUCAGCUCCUACAGCGCCUGACCAGCCAGACUCUCAUAUGCCCAGUGUGGAGUCUGGAGGUGCUUCUCCCACUGAGGGGACUGCUGAGGAUCCGCUUCCAGCAGGAGAGGGUUCUGGGGAGCAGGACUUCAUCUUUGAAGCAUCUGAGGAGACCACAGCUGUGGUACCGGUACAGCCCGACCACCGGAAUCAGCCCCCCGUGGAUCCAGAGACCACAGAGGCCACAGGGGCCUCACAGGGCCUCCUGGACAGGAAGGAAGUACUGGGAGGGGUCAUUGCCGGAGGCCUGGUGGGGCUUAUCUUUGCUGUGUGCCUGGUCGGUUUCAUGCUGUACCGGAUGAAGAAGAAGGAUGAGGGCAGCUACUCUUUGGAGGAGCCGAAACAAGCCAACGGCGGCGCCUACCAAAAGCCUACCAAACAGGAGGAGUUCUACGCCUGAGAGGAGCAUUUGUCCCCAUUGCUCCCUGCCACUCACUAGGCCCCCACUUGCCUCUUCCGUGAAGAAAACUGCAGGCCCUGGCCUCCCCGCCACCGUGCCACCGCCCCAGCACUCUGCCCUCGGGCUGCUCCUGCCCAUGCAGUCCUUGGGUGUCCUGGGGGGCUCACUCUGCUUCUUCGUCUUCUGCCUGGAGGUUUGGGCGCAAAGGGUUUCUCGCAUCUGACCUUUCCACCACAGCCACACCUGGUGUCCCGCCAUUCUGAGUCGGCUUCUCCAAACUGGAGCAGCCCCUCCCAGAUCCAGCUCUGGAGAGAAAGGGGCCCCACUGCUUUGGACCUGGAUGGCCCACUGUGGCUGGAAAAUUCUGGGGAUGGGGCUUCGGCUGACAUAACGUAGCACUUAGUAGGGACAGCAGGCUUGGGCGUGGCCGCCUGGGCUCGGGGCCAGAGUUCAGGGCUCCAUGGGAAUUCACUUUGCAUUGUGGGGAGGUCUGGUUUAGAUAUCGACUUGUUUUUGCACACGUUCUUCUAGUUUCUCUGUCCAUAGCCCCAGUAGACGUUGUUACUUCCGAGGUAAGUCAAGUCAGUUGAUUCGGUCGCCCCCAUCUUGCUUCCCUAAUCUACGUUCAGGAGAGAGUCAGGGUUAAGAAGACUUUGUUUUUGUUUGUUUGUUUGUUUGUUUGUUUGUUGUUGUUUUUAAAACUAGGAGAACCAAAUCUGGAAGUCAGAAUGUAGGUCUCGUUCGUGAGUUGUCUCUGAGUUUGUCACUCAUGUGUGCGACAGGGUCUGGACUACCUGUUUGGUGGCCCCAUUUUUGGUGGUCCAUUGCUGGGCUGGCCAGUCCAGGCUGCUUGCAGUAGGGCAGCCACCUCUUUUGAGCAAUCAUGCCUGUAUCCAUGAACUCAGGGCCACACCUGUGGCCUGGGCCACUGUGAUGUUGGAAGAGCCUUCAUGAGAAUUUAAUCCUGGGGCUCAGGCUGGGGA